UUAUUAUAUAAUCACAUAUAUAUAUAAUAUAAUUAUUAAUUUAUUAUUUAAUUAUUAUUCACUACUGACGGCGACACCUAUUGUGCAGUGCAUCGUGCUGCAUCGUGCUGCAUCGAUCAGCCACUGCACAAGUGCUAUUCUGGCGAUAAGAUUCUUCCUACACAGACAGUCAGUCGCUAGAAUCGUGCCGGGGAAUACGCGGAGAAGGUAUUUACUACGCGCUGCUUCAAUCGACUUAUUUACCCGGUAUAAUACAUUGAGCUUCGUUCAAACGAGAUGUUAAUUUAUUACUCGUGACUCGUGUUACUGUUUUCUUACACCAUUCACGUUACAUUCGUGCAAUUCAUUGCGAGAGUAUAUUUCAACAUUGUUUCACACCGCUCCAUUCCGCUCGGAAGAUGCUACUACAGUAGUGUUCCCGAAACAAUGGCAAAAUAGUGACUUCCUGUCUCCCGGUGUCAAAACAAAGUCAAAUCCCAAUGAAUAUUCGUCUUCUUAUCGAAGUGUAAACAUCAGAGGACGAGAACGACAAUGGGAAACUACUUGGAAAUUAUCUGCGGGAUUGUCGCGUUGAUCCUCGCGUUCUAUUACUACCUUACCUCGACUUUCGAUUUUUGGAAAGUUCGAGGUGUGCCUGGACCAAGGCCCCUGCCCAUGUUCGGCAACAUCAAGGAUGUAAUGUUGUUAAGAACGUCGAUGUGCCACUACUUGAGGCAACUUCACCAGAAAUACAAAGACGAACCAAUGGUCGGGAUGUUCACGAGAAGGACACCUAUACUCGUUGUCCAAGAUCCUGAGCUUAUAAAAGAUAUUCUGAUAAGAGAUUUCUCGAAGUUUGCUAACCGAGGGAUUCCCGUCCUCGAGAAGGUAGAACCACUGUCUGCACAUUUAUUCAACUUGGAAGCAGAGCGAUGGCGUCCAUUAAGGACAAGACUCUCGCCGGUAUUUACAUCCGGCAAGCUGAAAGAAAUGUUCCCUUUGAUAUUGGAAUGUUCGAAACAUCUGGAACGGUAUCUUGACAAAUUAGUAGUAAAAGGCGAGCCUAUAGAAUGCCGCGAAUUAACAGCAAAAUAUACGACAGAUGUAAUCGGUAGCUGUGCCUUCGGCAUCGAAAUGAACGCUCUAUCCGACGAAGAGAGCGAAUUUCGUCGAUUGGGCAGAGAAGUAUUCGCCGUUUCCUUUAAACAAAUUCUAAAACUUCGGCUUACACAGAUAGUUCCAUGGUUUUACAAUCUACUUGGUUCCAUAUUACCACCAACCGAAAUGACAACGUUCCUCACGAAGAUAAUCGUAGAUACGAUGAAAUACAGAGACGAGAACAACAUCACGAGGCCUGACUUUGUCAAUAUGCUCAUGGAACUGAAGAAGCAUCCAGACAAAUUGGAAAAUAUUAAAUUAACGGAUACUUUACUAACGGCUCAGGCGUUUGUCUUUUUCGUUGCUGGAUUUGAAACUUCCUCGUCGGCAAUGAGCAACGCCCUUUAUGAACUAGCCUUAAAUCCCGAGGUACAAGACAAGUUGCGGCAGGAAAUAAAGAAACAUUUUGAAACAAAUAACGAUGAAUUGAAAUACGAUCAAGUAAAAGAUUUGACGUAUUUAGAUUUAGUAUUUCGAGAAACAUUAAGGAAGUACCCACCCGGACCUCUUAUAUUAAGAAAAUCAGUGAGCAGUUAUACUUUUAACAACACGAAAGUUUCUAUACCGGAAAAGACAUUCGUAUGGAUACCUUUAUACGCGAUUCACCAUGAUCCUGAUGUUUAUCCAAAUCCUGAUGCUUUUAUUCCUGAACGAUUUAACGAUGAUGCUGUUGCAUCAAGACACCCCAUGCAAUAUUUGCCUUUUGGUGAUGGACCAAGAAAUUGUAUUGGGGCUCGAUUUGCAGUAUAUCAAUCCAAAGUUGGCCUAAUAACAAUACUUCGUAAUCACAAAGUUGAAGUUUGUGAAAAAACAAUGAUUCCAUAUGAAAUUAAUCCAGGUGCCUUUCUACUAGCGCCUAAAGGGGGAAUAUAUUUAAAACUAACCAAAGUAGAAAGUUAAUAUUAGAUUUUUAUUCUCUUAAAAUAUUUUAUAUAUACUUCUAUGCAUACUUAUUAAUUUAUGGGGACUCAAUCGAGGUAAUAUCGAAUUAUGUUUUGUAAAUACAAAAAUUGAUACAUUUUCGUUAUUUAUUGUAAAUGACUAAUUGAAAAAAGUAUCUAUAAAUUUAAUGAUAUUAUAUUUUUGUAACAAUUACGCGUAAUAAAUAGAAUUUAAACAGAUACUAACUAACAAUCAUGAAUUUUUCCAUCCUAACUUCUAAUAAAUUUUGAUGAAUUGUGUAACUUACGCAAGAUUCUAAUUACAUAGCCAGUCAGCUCAUAUAAUUUAUAAUUUAAUAAAUUAUAAUUCUGGUCAGAAGUAAAUAGCAAACAGGAGGUUAUUCUAUCUGCGAAAAUAAAUCGAAAGUAUAGAAUACAAUUUUUUUUAUAAUACCCAUUAUUUUCGAGAAAAUUCAAUUUUAAGUACACAUCUACCAAGCAAAAUCUUAUACAUUAAACAUGUUCAAAGUCGAAGUUCAAAUUUUUUUGUAUUUUUCAGUUAUUUUUGUAUGUAGAAUAA